UCAAAAGCUAAGUCACCCUUCCACCCUCCCCUCCCCUCGUCCUUUCUUCUCUCUCCUGGUCGAUCGCGGCGUCCUCCGUCCUCGACGCGUACCGGCGGUGACUUGAUUUCAUCGCCGCCAUGAACUCCGACACCGGAAACAGAUCCAACCGUGGCCCGUCCUCCUCCGCCUCCUCCGGCGUCUCCUUCAACUCCUACCAGUUCGACUUCGGCCUCGCUGCCGGCCGGAGCUCCGCCUCCCGGCCCCUCCGCGACCAGAAACCCAACCCCUCCCCCGCCCCGGCCUCCGCCGGCCCCCAGCCGACUCCCUCGUGGACCCACCAGUCCGCCCGGCCCUCGUGGACCCACCAGCCCGCCGCCGCCGCCUCUGCCUCCACCGCCCCCAGAUCUGGCCUCGCCAACCCUCCUCCCUCCAUGGUCGGCGACAUCUUCGGCAAGAGCUGGACCUCCGCCACCCCCACCCCCUCCUCCUCCCGCCUUCGGAUCCUCGACAACAACCCCAAUCUCUUCAGCGAUCUCGUCGGAUCCGCCAUCGGCCAGGGCCGCUCCACUGCCGGCAACGUUCCCCUCAAGGCCGCCGCCCCCGGGAACGCCUUCUCCAUGGGUAAUUUGUCCGAUUCCCUCCCCAAAUCCACCAGCACCGCAGCCACAGCAUCCACCACCUCCAAUAACGCCCCGAUGAGACCCUCCAGCUGGGGUUUGGCGGAUAAUCUCGGAAAUUUCUCAUCUUUGAAUCAAUCCGGCAGUAAGAUCGGGAAUCCAAUGGGCGGCGGGCAACCGAUGAAAUCAUCAGCUGGCGGGCCGCCGAUGAAUGCUAAAAAGGACCCCUUUGGAUCAUUGAUGGACUUUGGAUCGAAUCCUUCUGCAAACCAACCGAUGUCAUCGGCCAAAUCCUCCAAAACCUCCAGCAGUGGUAAUGAUGAUUACUCUUUCGGGGCAUUCGAGAAUGUCAAUUCAACAAAAAUGGAUGAUUUUGGAAUGCCAGCUCAGAGCUUUUCGGCUCCUCCACCAUCACAAAAGCCUUCUCCGGCCAAAGGUGGGUCGGAUCCGAUGGAUAUGUUCUUCUCCUCGUCCGUCUCGUCUGCCCCUGCUGCAAGAGCUGCUUCGGAGGUACCAGGAAGCCAGCCAUUUUCGGAGGUGAAUGAUUGGGAUUUGGGUGCGGAGUUUGGGGGACAUGAUGAUGGUGGGAUGACAACAGAGCUAGAGGGGCUCCCGCCACCUCCUGCCGGCGUCACACUUUCGGCAGCCAAAACUAAAGGAUUGGAAAAUUACAAGCAGGGGCAGUUCGCCGAUGCUAUCAAGUGGCUUUCUUGGGCAGCUGUGCUUCUAGAAAAAUCUGGGGAAAAUGAUGCUACCACUGAGGUCUUGUCCUGCAGGGCAUCUUGUUAUAAGGAAGUUGGGGAGUAUAAGAAGGCCAUUGCUGAUUGUUCAAAGGUAUUGGAGCAUGAUAGCACCGAUGUGUCUGUGCUGCUGCAACGUGCACUUUUGUACGAGAGCAGCGAAAAAUAUAGACUUGGUGCUGAAGAUUUGAGGAUGGUUCUGAAGAUUGAUCCCGGUAAUCGUCUUGCAAGGAGUACCAUUCACCGUCUGAAUAAGUUGGCUGAUUAGAGAUCCUUUGGGCAAUCUUGCCCUCGCUCAUUGUUUUUAUUCUUUAGACAUAAAAAUCAAGGUGUAGCUCUUACAUUUGAUUUUCUAUUGGUUAAUGGUUAGAUGUGCGGAAACAUUUACAAUUCUUGAUGUCUUAAAAUAUGGGUUGAUGCGCUAAAUUUUUUUGGAAGCUAAGGAUGCUUUCACUUGUAUGUCUGUGCUGCUGUAUCAAACUUUUUAACUUUGACAGUUUAAAAAUCAUGCCCAUGGCGUCAAAUCUUAUUACUA